AUGGUAAUGACUGGAGAAAUAAUUGAGAAUGCAAUAAGAAAUAGAAGGAUAGAUGCAGGAGAAAGUGCUAAAAGGUCUGCCCCACGGAAAAAGAAAAAUGAGGUGAACAAUGCAAACGUGGGGUACUUAAAAUCUGUUACUAUAAGUCAACCAAAAGCAAUAACUGAAGCAAAGCAAAACAAUGAGAAGCGUCAAUUUACGCCAAUCCCCAUGACAUAUAAAGAAUUAUAUCAAAGUUUGUUUGAUACACAUGUGGUGGAACCUUUUUAUCUAAAGCCAUUACAGCCUCCAUUCCCUAAAUGGUACGAUGCCGAUGCUCAAUGUGAGUAUCAUGCAGGGAUCGUAUGGCAUUUGAUAGAAAAUUGCACUACUUUUAAUAAGCUAGUUGAAAGAUUUAUACAAAUGGGCAUUGUGAAGUUUGAUAAUGAGCCCAAUGCAGAAAAUCCGUUACCUAAUCAUACUGAUAGUGAGGUAAACGUGAUAGAUGGAGGCAUAGGAAAAAGAGUCAAAGCAGAUAUUACAGAAGUAAAAACUCCUUUGAAAUGGGUCUGGAAGGAGAUGGCAAGAAGGGGGUUAGUUGCUUUGAGUUCAGAAGGAAGUUGGGAUGAGAUAGAGAAUUACUACGAGUUUCAUCAUGAAAAAGGGCAUAGAAUUCAGGAAUGUGAAGAGAUGAGAGCUUUCAUCCAGAGCUUGAUGGAUAAGAAGGAGAUAGAAUUUUAUGAAGAGGUUAAAGAGGAAGAAUAUAUAUACGUGUCAGAAUCCACGUCGAAUGUCCCAAAAUUCAAUCGACCUGUGGUCAUUAUUUCACGUCCCAAAAAUGAAGCAGGAAUUCAGAUGACACCGAAGAUCAUAAUUCAGAAACCAGCAGUUUUCUCUUAUAAGAAUAACAAAAGGGUCUCUUGGAAUUAUGAUUGUAAUGUGACAGUCUCGGUGAAGGAGAGUUCAGUUAGCCUGUUAAAAGAGGAUCAAAAUAUAGGUUCUCACACGUGCAGUGGAAAACUAUAUGAUCUGAUGGUCAAACAAAAGAGAGGAAAAGUGGUCGAACCGGGGGUGCCUGUUAAUGAACCAGUGAAAGAAGAAGAAGCUAAGGAAUUUCUGAAAUUUCUGAAACAUAGUGAGCACAGUGUGGUGGAACAGUUGCAUAAACAACCAGCUCGUAUAUCCAUAUUGGCUUUGCUCCUAAGCUCAAAGGUACAUCGAAGUGCAUUACUGAAAGUGCUGAACGAGACAUAUGUGACCAAUGAUAUUUCUGUCAACAAGUUGAAUCGGUUGGUUAAUAAUAUAAUUUCUGACAACUUCAUUUUCUUUAAUGAUGAUGAUAUACCACCAGGAGGUAUAGGAUCUACUAAAGCUUUGUAUAUAACCACCAGAUGUAAAGGAUACAUGUUGCCAAGGGUCCUGGUAGAUAAUGGGUCGGUACUGAAUGUAUUGCCCUUGUCUACACUAAACAGGCUACUUGUAGAUAGCUCACACAUGAAGGGAUGUCAGAAUAUAGUGCGAGAAUUUGAUGGUAUAGGAAAGAGAGUCAUGGGGAGAAUAGAAAUACCUUUGUUGAUUGGCCCAACUACAUAUGAGGUAGAUUUCUUAGCAAUGGAUAGUAAGCCUUCCUACAAUUGCCUGUUACGGAGACCUUGGAUACAUUUGGCAGGGGUAGUGCCUUCAUCAUUACAUCAGAAGCUAAAGCUGGUACCUGAAGGGCAGUUAGUAAUGAUAAAUGCUGAAAAAGAUAUUAUUGCGACUGUAAGUAGUGAUGUGCCAUAUUUAGAGAUAGAUGAGGAAGCCAUUGAGUGUUCUUUUUGGUCUUUGGAGUUUGUAAAUGCAACAUUCAUUACUGAGGGAAGCAGAAUUCUGGAGCAAAAAAAUCCAAAACUACAAUGA